AGCCAAAAUCGCAGCAUUCAAAUUAGGAAUGGGUGGUGGCACAUCCAUGUUUUAACUUAUUUCGCUGCACAGCGCACUACACGGUCUAUUAGCCACAUACUGUCAAUUCUAUUUCUCUUUUUUUAUGGAGAUCGCGAAGCCUCUCUCACUCAAUGUAAAUAAAGCAUCUCGAGAAACCUAUCCGCUCUCCCUUCAUCGGUAUUUUAUUGGAUUAGUGCAACUAAUAGCCAUAAUUGGUGUUAAGUUUUGCUUCCAUAAUAAUUAUUGGUGGAAUCUCCCUUCGGAUAACUUUAUUCCCCUGGUUUAAUUCCCCCCUUUGAGUGUUUUAUUAGUGAAGUGUGUCUUGUGACUUGUGCCUUACCGCGUCUCCAAGAUGGCGUCGCCUCUUUUAAAGUACUCAGAACUAGAUUUUCAAUCUUACAUAGAUCGACAAAAAUCAUCAUCGGCCCUCCAUCCGGUUACCGAGA